AAAAUCGCGCUGCGAGUUGGCUUAAAUUGUGUGUGCACGCCUUCCAGUAAAGUCGCAGAAGUUCUCAGCCAAAGCCGGUUCGGUUUCUACUUGAACGUUACCCAACUUACCUCAAGCAACAUGACCACCUACUUCAACUACCCACCCAAGGAUGUGCAGGAGGAGCUGGCCCGCAUCGCCAAGCAGAUUGUUGCUCCCGGUAAGGGUAUUUUGGCUGCCGAUGAGUCCACGGCCACCUGUGGCAAGCGUUUCGCUGACAUCGGGGUUGAGAACAGCGAGGACAACCGUCGCGCCUACCGUCAGCUGCUGUUCACCGCCGACCAGCGUCUGCAGGAGCACAUCUCCGGUGUGAUCCUGUUCCACGAGACGCUGUACCAGAAGGGCGAGGAUGGUACGCCGCUGCCGAAGCUGCUGGCCAACAAGGGCAUUCUGUCCGGCAUCAAGGUCGACAAGGGUGUCGUCGAUCUGAUGGGCUCGGAAGGCGAAUGCACCACUCAGGGUCUGGACGAUCUCGGCGCGCGUUGUGCCCAGUACAAGAAGGAUGGUUGCGACUUCGCCAAGUGGCGUUGCGUGCUGAAGAUCGGCAAGAACAUCCCGAGCUACCAGUCCAUCUUGGAAAACGCCAACGUGCUGGCCCGUUACGCUUCCGUCUGCCAGUCGCAGCGUAUCGUCCCGAUCGUUGAGCCUGAGAUCCUCCCCGACGGUGAUCACGAUCUGGAGCGUUGCCAGAAGGUCACGGAGACGGUGCUGGCGGCCGUGUACAAGGCGCUGAACGAUCACCACGUGUACCUGGAGGGAACGCUGCUGAAGCCGAACAUGGUUACCGCCGGUCAGAGCUGCGCCAAGAAGCCGUCCGCACAGGAGAUUGCCGUGGCCACCGUCACGGCUCUGCGUCGUACCGUGCCACCGGCAGUGCCCGGCGUCACCUUCCUGUCCGGUGGCCAGUCGGAGGAGGAAGCCUCCGUUAACCUGAGCGUCAUCAACCAGGUGCCGCUGACGAGACCGUGGGCCCUGACCUUCUCGUACGGUCGCGCCCUGCAGGCCUCCGUCCUGCGUGCCUGGGGUGGCAAGAAGGAGAACGUGAAGGCCGCUCAGGAGGAGCUGAUUAAGCGUGCGAAGGCAAACGGAUUGGCUUCCCAGGCAAAGUAUGUCCCCGGUUCGAUUCCCUCGUACGCCGCGAACGCCAGCUUGUUCGUGAAAUCGCACAAAUACGCCAACAGCGAUGCCGCUCUCGGCAAGUACGGCGGCGGUGUCCAGGGUGCCGCUGGUGCCGGCAGUCUGUUCGUCGCCAACCACGCUUACUAAGGCGGAGCUCCUUGCAUCCACAUAAACUUGCAUCACCCCCCGGAGUGCCCCGUUCGUCCCUCAUCGUACGCCCUCGUCCCCAACACCACCACCACCACCAGCACGCCGCCAGUGAAACACUCUCGCGGCCAUAUUGGGAGCGGCGGAUGCAAAGCAGCAACACCACCGGACAGCGAAAGUGAUUCCGCGCACCGUCGUUCCGCUUCCGAUCCGCUUGCCCAGGCCAGGACGGAGGCCCAAGCUAGGCCGAAUGGUUUCAUGUGUGUGUGGUUUCCUCCGCCGACGUUCCGGCACGUUCCUGAUUUCCUUCCGUUCUCAUUUUGGUUGCGUUAAGAACUGAAUCCUAGAGACACUAUAUCCCGGCUUCGCUAGAUUCCCGUGCUAAAGUUGUUGCAACCAAUCAAAAACCAAACAAAAGUAUAAUACAAAUAUAUUACAUACACCCACACUUCAUAGCGGGGUGAUAAUUCAUCGAAGGUUUAGAGCGUAGCUGAAGCCAUAGGAGACCUAACCUUCCUAGCGAUGUGUAGAGUACCAACGCACCGGAGAUGCACCGUUUGGGGCUCGUCGGUUCCGUCGUCCUGUACGGGGCUUUCGGGUGGCGCUUUCUACCAACUUCACCGUAGGUUAGUAAGCUGUGGCAUUUCGACUGCUGCCCGGACGGUGGCGGAUGACCGCCGAGCUCCGAUACGCUUCUCCGGUGCUCCGGUCAAACCAAUCGUCAAACGAAACACACGCAAAUUACAAUUGUCUGUUGCUGUGUGUUAUUUGUUCUGUAUAAGUUAAAGAGCCCUAGUUUAAUCGGAUCGUUGGAUCGUUAAGAGAACGGAAGUGGCACGUGGUGUUACCGUUAAUUGCAUCAUCUGACUGCAGAUAUCAGACACAACACAACUAAAACCGCCAGUACCAGUCGAUGGUGGACUGUGGGCAAAUUAAGCGUAUCGUGUAAUGUUACAAUAAAAUGUAAUUUGAGAAUAGUGGGAAAAAAUCAUUUGCAUA